GCGUUUUUUGUGCAUGCGUACACUCUCCCCUUUUCCGGGUUCACGCCCACGAGCUCUACAGCUCCGCAAGCCAGAUCCUGGGGACAGCGGGGACCUCUGUUCCAAAUGGCUAGUUCCCCACAAUGGGAGACGUCGGCGAAAUAUUCCGGGGUAACGCGAACAAGUUUGGGCUGAGUGUCUAAUCCGCUGUCGGGAUAUAUAAUAUAUCUUAGCUUUGCCCUUCAACCCAAGACUCCUCUAUCACUGCCUGUCCCUCCACCUCGAGGGUACGCACACCACCCCCAUCGAGCCAAACAAGGACGCACUUUGCACAAUGGGUCUUCUCGCUCUUGUGGAAGACAGGCCUACGCCAAAGUCUGUCUACAAUUGGCGUGUGUAUACCGCCGCCUCAGUGGCCUCGUGGGCAUCAUGCAUGAUUGGUUAUGAUUCAGCCUUCAUUGGCACCACAUUGGCCUUGCCUUCUUUUGUAUCGGAAUUUGGCUUCGACAAGAUGAGUGCCAGCGAUCUCGCGCUCCACAAGGCGAACAUCGUCUCUGUUUACCAGGCUGGUGCUUUCUUUGGAUCUUUCGGCGCGUAUGCCUCCAGUCAUUUCCUCGGUCGGAGAAAGUCCCUUAUCAUCUGGGUACUGGUCUUCAUCCUCGGUGCCGGGUUGAUGUUGGGUGCGAAUCGCGAACGCGGACUCGGCCUUAUUAUUGGAGGUCGUGUUCUUGCCGGUCUGGGUGUUGGCGCUGCGUCGAACAUGGUUCCCAUUUACAUCUCGGAGUUGAGUCCGCCUGCCGUACGUGGACGUCUAGUUGGCAUCUAUGAGAUGGGUUGGCAAAUCGGUGGACUGGUCGGCUUCUGGAUCAACUACGGCCUCCAAGAGACUAUGGCCCCCUCGCACCGACAAUGGCUCAUACCAUUUGCCGUGCAACUUAUUCCGGCCGGAGGCCUACUGAUCGGUGCUAUUUGGUUGAAGGAGUCACCUCGCUGGCUUUUUGCGAACGGUAAACGCGACGAGGCGAUAAGAAAUCUCUGCUGGAUCCGUAAGCUCGACGAGAAUGACCCAUACAUUAUGGAAGAAAUCGCGGCUAUCGACGCCCAGCUCGAGCACGACCGCGUCCAUAUUGGUCCUGGAUUCUUUAGCCCCUUUGUCGCACUCAAGCAGCGAAAGGUCCUUUAUAGGUUUUUCCUCGGCGGCAUGCUUUUCCUUUGGCAAAACGGAAGUGGUAUCAACGCCAUCAACUACUACUCGCCGACGGUCUUCAAGAGCAUCGGUAUUACGGGAACCUCAACUGGCUUUUUGACCACUGGACUCUUUGGCGUCGUCAAGACAAUCGUCACGUUCAUCUGGUUGCUCUGGCUCAUUGAUCGUCUUGGUCGUACGAAGCUUCUCAUGAUUGGCGCAACUGGCGGCAGUCUGUGCAUGUGGUUUAUCGGAGCAUACAUCAAGAUCUCGAAUCCCGCGAGCAAGGCUGGCAAGCCUAAUGCCAAGCUAACACCUGGCGGCAUCGCAGCCAUCUUCUUCUUCUAUCUCUGGACCGCUUUCUACACGCCUUCCUGGAACGGAACGCCCUGGGUUAUCAACUCGGAAAUGUUCUCUCAGCAGACACGCUCUCUCGGUCAGGCUUCCGCCGCCGCAAACAACUGGUUCUGGAAUUUCAUCGUAUCCCGAUUCACCCCCCAGAUGUUCCUCAAGAUGGGAUAUGGCGUGUACUUCUUCUUUGCCAGUCUGAUGAUUCUCUCCGUACCGUUUGUGUACUUCCUGAUCCCUGAAACCAAGGGCAUUCCGCUUGAGAGAAUGGACGAGCUCUUUGAGAUCAAGCCCACCGUCAAGGCACAUGGCGUCAUGGUGGAGAGGCUGAAGCAGCAAGAGGAUGACGUGAGAGAUGUGUUCGUGGAGAAGAGCAAGCAUGCGGAUCAGUUAGAGAGCGUUUGAGAAAGUCUUGUUUGUAAAUAUACAUCUAUGUUAGUUAGUCACUUUGUUGACGCUGUACAGAAAGGAUUAGAAUCAACCUUUGAGAACAUUUGUUUAUCCACACCUUGACACUUCAUGGCAACAUGCUACACCUUCUCAUUUCAUUUUGACAAAGUUUUGUGACAAG